UGAAUCAAACGAACUUUACGCAUGCGUACAUGCCGAAAAAAAGGGAGGCUAAUUCGAACGAUUUUUUUUAAUGAUACGUUUUAUGAAAAGUGCCUUGCUUACCGUUUCUGAUACAAAAACAAUUACAGAGACGUUGGUACAAAGACAAUUCCAAUGCAAAAUGAAUGAUUACAAGUGGAGUAGAAGUGACAAUGCUUCAAAAACAAAUAGAAAUUCUGGUUUUACUAGAGAAAAAAGGAAAAGUACCCGUAAAACUGUAACAAAAAAUGGUGAAACGGAAGAACAAGCUAUAAUUCGUAGAUUUCAUGAUGCACAGAGAAUGGCACGGUUUCGAGCCAGAAAGAAAAAGGCUUUGGAAGAAGCAAAGGUGUUUGAAGCAUUAUCUUUCAAAGAGCUUUCUAUAAUUACAGAACUAAAACAAAAGAAUCUGACACUUGAAACUAGUAAAUCCAUUGUUGAUACACAAAAUAUUGAGCCACUUCAAAGAUGUUUACCUACACAGAAAUCAUCAAUUGUUCUACAUACUACUUAUGGAGAAAGUAAAUACUCUCAAUUGUUGGGAAUCAUCGAAGAACUAGGAAAAGAUAUCAAAUUAAUGUAUGCUGGCAGUAAAAUUUCAGCAGAAAGAUUGAAAGUAGGUAUAACGCAAGCAAGAAUGUUAAUCAAAGAAUGUUUAUUAGACGCAGAAAUUAACUCGUGGCAAUAGUUUAUCUACAAACACGUGCGUUAUUUUUAAUGAGUAGUCAAUUUGAACACUAAACUAAUCAAUUCUAAAU